AUGCCAGUGAGACGGGGUCAUGUAGCGCUCCAGAACACGUACCUGGACACCAUUAUCAGGAAAUUCGAUGGACAAAACCGCAAGUUCCUGAUCGCCAACGCCCAGAUGAAGAACUGCGGCAUCAUCUACUGCAACGAGGGCUUCUGCCAGAUGUUCGGCUUCUCGCGGGCGGAGAUCAUGCAGCAGUCCUGCACCUGCCAGUUCCUGGUGGGGCCGGGCACCAUGAAGAGCGCCCUGGCACAGCUCGCACAGGCUCUGCUGGGCUCCGAGGAGCGCAAGGUGGAGAUCCUCUACUAUGCCAAGGAAGGGACCUGCCUGCCCUGUCUGGUGGAUGUGGUACCAGUGAAGAACGAGAGUGGUGUGGUCAUCAUGUUCAUACUCAACUUCCAGGAGCUGCUGGGGCCCUCACUGAAGAAGGGAGGAUUCAGGCAGAGGAUGACUCAGGGCUGGAUCAGAGCAGGUCAGAAUCGUAGACUGAGACUGAAGUUGCCUUCUCUGCGCUCUGUGGCCCUGCGACGGCCUUCCCUCUCCAAAGAGCAGUUUGAGGGUGUGGUGGUGGACCUGCUGAAGCCGAGCAGCGAGGAGGUGCCGCUGAAGGAGUUCCGCAUCCCGUCCAAGGAGAGCUGCAUGCAGUCCGAGACGGAGGCCCUGAUCGAGCAGGACCGGGACCCCCAGCCGCCCGCGGGCCACUCCUCCCUCAAGCGGCCCCCCCACUUCCCCGAGCGCCUGGACCCCAAGGGGGUCUUCGCCGGGGGCAGCCUGCCCCGCAGCCGGUCCCGGGAGAGCGUGAGGAGCCUGCGCCGUGCCUCCUCGCUCGACGACAUCGACAGCAUGAGGGCAGACUGGGGCGGCCGGGGCGGGGACCCCGGGGCCAACAGCUACGUUAAGCCGAGCCUGCUGAACUCCACCUCGGACUCGGAUCUGAUGAAGUACCGGGCCAUCAGCAAGAUCCCACAGGUCACUCUCAACUUCGGCACCGACAAGCUUCGCCCACCGUCACCCACUGAGAUCGAGAUCAUCGCGCCGAGCAAGCUGAAGGACCGCACGCAGAAUGUCACGGAGAAGGUCACACAGGUAGGACGAAUGGUGCUGUCCCUGGGGGCGGACGUGCUGCCUGAGUAUAAGCUCCAAGCGCCACGCAUCCACAAGUGGACCAUCCUGCACUACAGCCCCUUCAAGGCCGUGUGGGACUGGAUCAUCCUCCUGCUGGUCAUCUACACGGCCGUCUUCACGCCCUACUCGGCCGCCUUCCUCCUCAAUGAGCAGGAGGACCAGCGGCGGCGCACCUGCGGCUACACCUGCAACCCGCUCAACGUGGUGGACCUGGUGGUGGACGUCAUGUUCAUCGUCGACAUCCUCAUCAACUUCCGCACCACCUAUGUCAACCACAAUGACGAGGUGGUCAGCCACCCGGGCCGCAUCGCCCAGCACUACUUCAAGGGCUGGUUCCUCAUCGACAUCGUGGCCGCCAUCCCCUUCGACCUGCUCAUCUUCCGCUCCGGCUCUGACGAGCCACAGACAACCACUCUGAUAGGCCUGCUGAAGACCGCCCGGCUUCUGCGAUUGGUGCGCGUGGCGCGGAAGCUUGACCGCUACUCGGAGUAUGGCGCGGCGGUGCUCUUCCUGCUCAUGUGCACCUUCGCCCUCAUCGCCCACUGGCUGGCCUGCAUCUGGUAUGCCAUCGGCAACGUGGAGCGGUCUGGAUCCUCCGGCAUUGGCGCCAUGAAAAUCGGCUGGCUGGACAACCUGGCUGACCAGAUCGGCAAGAGCUACAACGACAGCGACUUGGCCUCCGGCCCCUCCAUUAAGGACAAGUACGUGACGGCGCUCUACUUCACCUUCAGCAGCCUGACCAGCGUGGGCUUCGGGAACGUCUCGCCCAACACCAACCCCGAGAAGAUCUUCUCCAUCUGCGUCAUGCUUAUUGGCUCUCUGAUGUAUGCCAGCAUCUUUGGGAACGUGUCGGCCAUCAUCCAGCGUCUGUACUCGGGCACGGCGCGUUACCACACCCAGAUGCUGCGGGUCAAGGAGUUCAUCCGCUUCCACCAGAUCCCUGGGGGUCUGCGGCAGCGGCUGGAGGAGUACUUCCAGCACGCAUGGUCCUACACCAACGGCAUCGAUAUGAAUGCGGUGCUGAAGGGCUUCCCGGAGUGCCUGCAGGCGGACAUUUGCCUGCACCUGAACCGCAGCCUCCUGCAGAACUGCAAGGCCUUCCGGGGGGCCAGCAAGGGCUGCCUGCGGGCCCUGGCCAUGCGCUUCAAGACCACCCACGCCCCGCCGGGCGACACCCUGGUGCACUACGGCGACGUGCUCACCGCCCUCUACUUCAUCUCCCGCGGCUCCAUCGAGAUCCUGCGCGAUGACGUGGUGGUGGCCAUACUAGGUAAAAAUGACAUCUUUGGUGAGCCCAUCAGUCUUUACGCAAGACCUGGCAAGUCCAAUUCAGAUGUGCGGGCGCUGACCUACUGCGACCUGCACAAGAUCCUGAGGGACGACCUGCUGGAGGUGCUGGACAUGUACCCUGACUUCUCUGACAACUUCUGGAGCAACCUGGAGAUCACCUUCAACCUGCGAGAUGCAGAUCGAAUUAUCCAGCCGAUCCCCAGCGAAGACUCGGACUGCGGCUACCGCCGGCCGCGACGCCGGAGAAACUCCCUGCACUGCCGCAACAGGCCGGAUGGGAUGGAUCGGGAGGACUCCUACCCGGACCAGCCAUGCCCCACCCUGGGUAACCAUGGGGGGGCAGUGCCGCACUCCCACUGGGAUGAGCUGUGCAGCAGCCCCAGCCCGUGCUCCCAGUCCAGCGAGGAUGAGAUGAAGCCUGUGGGCCACAGCAAGGGCGAGCUGUAUCCGCCCGGGGGCGACACCCGCGACUACCCCCCUGCCGUGGUCAGCCUGCUACCCCCCAGCGGUGCCCCAGCAGGUAUGGGGGGACCCCUGGACCGAGGCCACCCUUACGCAGCGGCCCCUCUCAGCAUGCCUGGCCUGUAUGGGUACUGGCCCGACCGCCGAUCCAGCCAGUUCUCGGAGAGCCAGCGGCGCUCGUCCUCGGUGCGGGCCACCUACCACCCGCCCCCGUGUGCAGAGGACCGCCCCAGCGAGCUGGAGUCCCGCCUGGAGCUGCUGCAGUCCCAGCUCAACCGAUUGGAGACGCGAAUGACAGCUGAUAUCAACGUAAUUCUGCAGCUACUCCAGAGGCAGAUGGCCCCGGUGCCCCCCGCCUACAGCGCCGUGUCUCCCAGCACCCACCCGCCGCACCCCUCUGCCCUGUACGGCACGGGGGCGCAGGUGCUCCACAGCGUGGGCCCCAUCCCUCCUGUGCAGAUCGACAGCCUGGCCUCGCCCCUGCAGAGUCCAGACUCGGACAAGUUCAACCACAAGUCACGGGACUCCCUGUCUAGCGGCAUCCACCUGACUGUGGCGUCAGAUGAAACCAUGUCCAUGUCCCCCGAGAUGGAGCCGGCCGUCCCCCCCAGCCUCGGCCCGGUGCAGCCCCUCGCCUCCAUUGCGCCCCCCGGACUCUGCAGCAGCCUGCGCUUCCCCUCCCUCCCCGAAAACCUGGAGACUUCCUCAGGCUUGGCCGAGAUCCAGAGGCACGUGUCGGACCCCAUCCUGCCCGGCAGCUAG